GAGUAGUUUAACUGGUUAGGUAAUUUACACCAUCCUUUUUGGCGCCAACCAUGGGACCGUUAAGGUUUCUUUUCAUCCAAACACAAACCUACCCACAAAAACACCACUUAAGAUGUCUUCAAGCCAGCAAAUCAACGCUACUUCCGCUCAGGUGCAAGCCACUACUGAGGGAGCCACCAUCCCCAUGGUUGCUACCCUACCGGCUAUUUUUGCUCCAGUGAUGCCGUUGGGAUUAAGCUCAACCCCAACACCAAGCGUGGUCACCCCAUUCACGAUUCCAGUCCCUUCUACUGGACCGAGGGUCACAUUCCCACCUAGCAUGACCCAGUUCAUGAAUGACCCAGCCAACCUACAGGCCAUCCAAGGCUUUGGACAGGUCAUGGCCAUGUGUCAGCAGAGCGGGGGGGUGCCAUUCCUCCCAGGCAUGUUCCCAUUCGCUCUUCCAAGCGCUCGGACGAUGCCCCUCCAAACUCCAAUGACAGUGUCGCCAUUCCAGACACCGGUACCGCAGCCCUCGCUUUUCCAGCCGCAGCUAGUUAGCGCGGUUGCUCCCGUCAAUUUGUCCGUCGAGAGCGGUGACGACGAGUGGGACAUCCCGAGGGCCCACAAGAAGAAGAAUGGAAAAAACAUCCCGCCAGCAACUUCCCGGAACUCCACCUUCGAAAGGCUGGGGGAUAGGGAAGAAGGCCAGAGAAAGUCAGCCAAACUGAGGCUGGGGCAAAGCGUUGCCCAUGUUAGCGCGUUUGCCCGGUUAGGCAAGGGGAGGGAGGCCGAGCUUGCCCGUACCCAGCGCUCCCGGUCAAACCAACAGAAGCCCGCGAGGACGAGGGUCUACCGUCAAGAAGAGGAAGCUGAGAGCCAGCCUAGGGGACCGGUGGCUAACCGGCUGACUGUCCCAAAUGAUCGCGUCCAGCAGAUGGAGGCAAAACUGAAUAGGUUGGAGAAAAGAGUAGGGGAAAAGAAUGACCGGGACAAAUCCCUCGCUAGGUCCCCGUUCACUACAAGAGUCCAUCUGAUACCUUUCCCGCGAAAGGCCAAGUUCCAGGAGAAUUGUAUUAAGAGGAAGAAAUUCACCUAUCUUAGUACAGCCGGGCAGAGGGAAUCUGAGAACCUCACUCAAUUCCUUACCCGGUGGAAGAAAGAGGUAGAGAAGGUAGAAGAGAUGGACGACAAGACGAUGUUGUCCCUUCUCUUGAAUGGCUUACGUGCUGGGGAAGUAUACAAGGAGUUCUGCCGGAAACCUCUGUCCACGUAUCAAGAGGCCUACCACACUGCAUGGGAGUUUGCUGAGGCUGAAACCCAACUCCGGGCGAAGAGAAAAGGCCCAGGAGAAGAACCACCAAUAGGUGGAGAUUCAGCCGCGCAACAGAAUAAUUGGGUCCGCAGCAUUUACGUCGGUGAAGUAAGUGCUGAACCGGCUAGGCGUAAGCAGACCAAGAGGGAGCCGAUCGUCUUUACUAACUGGGACCUCCCACCUACCGGUGAAGAUCAUAAUGAUCAAUUGGUUAUCACCAUGGACAUUAAUGGGGUGGAUGUCACUCGAGUACUUGUUGAUACCGGCAGUAGUGUCAACAUUCUGUACUUGGAAACUUUCCAAAAACUCAGCUUGUGUCGAACACAACUUGACCCCCUCAAAACCCCUCUCUCAGGCUCCACGCGAGAUACAGUGGAGGCUGAAGGGUCCAUAGUUCUACCGGUCGAACUAGGAUCGGGUGACAAAACCGUAUGGAAGAAAAUGCGGUUCAUCGUUGUGGACAUCAAAUGCAUCCACAACGCAAUCCUUGGGAGGCCAGACAUCAAUAGAGUCGGGGAGGUGAUUUCCAUGCCUCACCUAUGCAUGAAGUUCCACACUCCAGGUGGUGUGGGUGAGGUGAAAGGCGACCAGAAGAACGCCAGGGAAUGCUAUGCCCGGGCAGUCAGGAAGAUGACCAAGGGGGUCAACGUCAUCUCCCAGGAAAUCCCCAAGGGAGAAACCCGGGAGAAGCUGGAGCCCGAGGCUGAGACGGUAGAGAUCAAAUUUCACCCGGGUGAUUCUUCAAGGAUGGUCAGAAUUGGAGCAAACCUCCCAGAAGAUCUCAAGGCGGAGAUUACACAGGUCCUCCAAGAAUACGCGGGCAUAUUCGCAUGGGGCGUGGCGGAUAUGCCCAGGAUAGACCGCUCUAUAAUUUUCCACCGGUUGACCGUGAGAGAGGGAUCUCGACUGGUAUGCCUGAAGAAAAGAUACCUGGCUAGUGACCGGCGGGACUUCGUCAAGAAGGAGGUGAAGGACCUCCUUAGUGUUGAUCUACCAGUCAACAAGCCCACUGAGCAGUGGUGGGAGAUGGCGAUAGACGGGGCAUCUGGUUUUAAAGGGUACGGGGGUGGUAUAGUGUUUACCACCCCAGAAGGGUUCAAGAUCUACCAUGCAAUCAUCUUCAACUUCAAGCUGACGAACAAUGAAGCAGAAUAUGAAGCUCUAGCUGGAGGGCUCAGACUUGCUCAGGCUCUCAAAAUCAGCCGGGUCAGUAUCAAAUCCGACUCUAGUCUGAUUGUUUGGCAAGUGACCGGAAAUAUGGAAGCAAGGGAAGGACGAAUGAUGCAAUACAAGGACCUGGUGCUUGCCUUGUUGAAAGGCUUCAAAGAAUUCAAGAUUGCCCAAACUCCCCGGGCCGAAAACGCGGAUGCAGACCUUCUCUCCAAAUUGACGCAGUAUGCUCCCGAACAUGUUUCAAAACUUGCCCGGGUAGAGAUCCUUGAUUGUGCAAGCAUCGAGAAAUUGGAAGUCGCCACUAUAGCAAUAGCUGGCCAAUCUGACCGGUCAAACACGGUCGGGGAGGACGAUCAGUGGAUGGGCGACCUUAUGAAAUAUUUGACAGAUGGAAGCUUGCCAGAACAAGAUGAUCGGGCAAGAAAAGUGAAGCUCAGGGCACCCCGGUUCUAAGUCAUUGAUGGGAUGCUAUACAAAAGGGCAUUCGGGGGACCACUCCUGAGGUGCCUGACUAACGGGGAAGCUGAAAGAGUCAUUGUUGAGGUCCAUGAAGGGGUGUGCGCGGCACAUCAAAUGUCACGUACCCUUUCGCAACGCAUCAUCUUGUUGGGAUACUACUGGCCAACAAUUGUCCAGGACUGUGAAAGGUACGUUUAGAAAUGCAGAACAUGCCAAGUGUUUUACAAAUACCCCAGUAGACCGGCAACCUACUAUCACCCCGU